AUGGAUGUUGUACCGUGUGAAUGGAUUGUUUAUGACAACGUGAUUGGGAAUUUGAAUACAAUUUUCAUGCCACCGCCAUACACAACUGAAACAGCAGAAUUAUUGCAUGCUCUCGUUAAAAAACGUCAAUGUACCGAUGGUAACAAAACAUCAAAAAUUGCUAAACACCAUAUUGAGGAAAAGAGUUCAUCUUUUCAAUUCGACGUGGGUAAACAAUAUGCUACUAACGAUUUAACGCGUUUGAUAUCAUCCGGAUUUAGUAUGUACACAAUUAACACAACUGACUUUAGCCAUAAAGGAAUUGAAUACUGUACACUCUGCAAAGAACACUUCUCAUCAAAUUUGUACUGGUAUUGA